GACUAAAACAAUGCAUGAUAGUUGUCCUAUUUGUUGUUAAGACAUGGGAUUUAUUUUGACAGUAUUUCACAGAUCUCCAGUUUCCGAUUUCGAUAUGAAUUAGCUUCCAGUCUAGGAGAUCGGAAUGUCUCGUGGGUUUCUGUUGGUAUAUUUUGUACUAACAGGAGUUUCAAAGGUUUUGUGUAACUGUGGAACAUAUAUAAGUAACAUUCCUGAAGUAACAGCUGUAAACGAGACUCAUACAGGUGUCAUAUGGAAUGUCGCUGUAGAUCCAUCGACAAAUUGGACAUUUCAUGCGACUAAAGUGAAUAUUUUUGACAUUACUACUAAUUUGGAUUUACAGCUGAAAGUUGAGAAUUAUUUCGAUUUCACUCUAUCAUCAGACACUAGUGCUUUACUUUCAUUUAAAAUAUUAAAUAAUUCUCUUGACAAGGAAGAUACGUUUUGGAGGAAUACAAGUAGAGGGGAGCUAAAAGAAAUCCAUUUUAAAGUUAACUGUUUUGGUGCUGACAACGUGCCAAAGGAUAUCAGAAUUAUCAUCGAAUCUGUCAAUGAAUUUCCACAGCAAUUCAACAAUUCGUUUCCCAAAAUAAUCAAAGUUGACGAGAAUACGAAAAAUGAUACGCCAGUGUUUUGCAUAUUUCCAUACCUUAUUGACGCAGAUAUUCCUACACCUCAGUUGAAGGACUUCACCUAUACAGUAAAAUCAACCAAUGGCCAGAAUGAUGGUACAUCAUGGUUUUACAUACCAAUAGCAUCCUCGGAUAGCCUUCGAGUCAAAGCAUCUCCGGACUUCGAUCAGCUUCAUAAAAAUAACAUGACCAUUUUAACUUUGACAGUUGUAGUUAAGGCGAAUGAUGAAUCUGGUUUCGAAAUUAACACAACUCUACAAAUAGAAAUAGUUGACGUCGAUGACCUACCGCCAUCUUUCCAGUACCCUGGAUGCCAAAACAAUUGUUCAGUUACUCCAUAUGAAGCAUAUACUGGACCCUUUUGGCGGGGACCUGUGAAAGUACAACCAACAGAUAUAAAAGCAAAGGACCAAGAUUCUAUCGGCUCUGUUAUCAAAUACAGCAUAAAGCAAUCUCCAAACAACUACCAUUCUAGCUUUGAAAUCGACCAGAGUAACGGUGCAAUUAUACAGAUUGGCGACGUGCUGACAGUAAAUGUUCUGACAAUAGUGGCAACAGAAGAUACUGCUAAUGGUUUUUCGCAGUCUGCAACAUUAUUGAUCAGACUUAGUAAUAACUCUUCAUACCUUCCCGAAGCUUCUAAGGUGAAUGAUGAUUCAAGCAAGUUAAGAUUAAUAGCAAUAGUUGUUGGUGCCAUUUCCUUGGUUAUUAUUGGAAUUCUCAUAUUUCUUGUGAUAUUCGUAUAUAAACGAACAAAGAAGAAAAUGACUGUUGUUCCUAAGGAACAGUCACCAGAUGCCACCGUUGAAGAACUAGUAUCAGAUAGACCGUCAACGGUUGAUGAGAAAGUAAAUAAUUGGAAACAGACUAUAGAUCCAAUGCAAUGGCCGACAGUCACUAGCAGACGACAACAACUUGAUCCACUUCAUUUGAGGGAUGAAUCCACUGAAACUGAAGAAAGUAGUAUAAGGAAGAAAAAACCUAGGAAAAAGAAAAAGAAACUAAUGGAAAUAUUUGAUGGAACAAAACAAUACGAUGAGUCUUCAAAUGGACUAUGCCAGUUGUGAUUGCCAGUAUUAUGAAUGAUAAUUUCAGUGCAUGUUAUUGGGAGUGGAAAUUUAAGAUCUUUUAACCCAAAAAUGACAUUGUUUGUUAUUUCAUUUUAUAAGACAAAUAAUUCAAGGUUUAUUUUUAUUGCAUUUAUUGUAUUUUUAAUUUAUUAAUGUUUACAAAUAAAACAUAUUUUUGUA